GUUAUAAAAUGAUCGUGAAAAUCUUCAGCACAAAAACAGGUUAACAGCUUUACUUGAGCCACAGCAGGCCUUCAGAGAGCAUCGCCCUGCAGCUGGAACCAUGAAGCUCAGGUGGAUCAUUCUGGUGUUUGCUCUGGGAUUGACAGCAGCCAGACUAACCGGUGAUACAGAAAUUGAUGUUGACGAAGGCCAUGACUGGGACAUCAUUAACAUCAAUGAAGCGGCUGGGCUGGACCUGUUGGAAGGAGAUAUUAAUCAGGAAAAAACAUCCGACAGAAACUCCAUCAUAGGUGAUCAAUAUCGCUGGCCAACAACCAUCCCCUACUACUUAGAGGACAGCCUGGAGAUGAAUGCAAAGGGGGUGAUCCUGAAGGCUUUCGAUCAGUACAGACUGAAGACCUGCAUUGAUUUCUCGCCGUGGAAAGGAGAGGAGAACUAUAUCUCUGUUUUUAAAGGCAAUGGAUGCUACUCCUAUGUUGGCAACCGGCAUGUGGGGAAGCAGGAGCUUUCCAUUGGUAGCAACUGUGAUAGUCUGGGAACAGUUGAACAUGAGUUCCUGCAUGCUCUCGGCUUCUGGCACGAGCAGUCCAGAGCUGACCGUGAUGACUACGUCAACAUCAUUUGGAAUCAGAUUCAGUCCGGUAAAGAGCACAACUUCAACACAUAUGAUGACACAGUGUCCAGCGCACUGGGGGUUCCCUAUGACUACGGUUCUGUGAUGCACUACAGCAAGACAGCCUUCAGCAUCGGCUCAGAGCCGACCAUCGUCACAAAGAUCCCCCACUUCAUGAAUGUGAUUGGCCAGAGGAUGGGGUUCAGUUCUAGUGACCUAACUAAGCUCAACCGCCUCUACAACUGCACCACGUCUUCCACCUUUGUGGACAGCUGUAAUUUUGAGGAGGAGAACAUCUGCGGGAUGAUUCAGGGCUCUGGCGAUGCAAAGUGGGAGCAGCUUGCUUCAGUGGCUGGAGGACCUCAGACUGAUUUCACCAAUUUGGGACAAUGCGAAGGGAAAGGUUACUUCAUGCACUUCAGCACAGCCUCUGCACUACCUGGCGAGCGUGCUUUUCUGGAGAGUCGCUGGCUUUAUCCCAAAUCUGGACCCCAGUGUCUGCAGUUCUUCCUCUAUAACUCCGGGGCAGACGAUGAUGUUCUCAACAUCUGGGUGAGAGAGUACGACAAGGCCAACCCCAACGGGAAAAUGAAGCUCUUCCACAGCAUUUCAGGAGGUGUCAUGGGCUCCUGGGAGCUGCACAACAUCAACCUGAAUGUGACACAGAAGGCCCGAGUGGUUUUUGAGGGCGUGAGGGGAAUGAAUCCAUCAAAGGGAGGUUUCUCUUUGGAUGACAUUAACCUGUCAUCCACAAAGUGUCCUCAUCACAUCUGGCAUGUCCGUGGCAUCAACGAGCUGCUGGCCACCACACCAGCUGGAAAGAGAAUGGGCAGCCCUCGCUUCCUGUCACCAACAGGUUACACCUUCCAGGUAGGUGUGUACCUAAACGGACAAAGCAGCAAUCCAGGGUAUAUGGCCAUCUACUUCCACCUGACCUCAGGCCCCAAUGACGACAAUCUCAAGUGGCCAUGUCCAUGGCACCAAGUAACCAUGACCUUGAUGGAUCAGCAGUCCGACAUCAGGCAGCACAUGAACAUGAACCGAAUGAUCACAACCGACCCUGAGAGGAAGUCCUCUGAUGGUACUGAGUUCUUCUGGGAUAAUCCCAAGAUUGUGGGCUCUAAAAUAACUGAGUCUGAUGGCAGUUAUUACUAUCGAGGCCCAGGGUUAGGAACAAGUAGCUUCAUCACCCACGACAGACUGAGGAGCAGAUACUUCAUCAAAGGAGACGACGCCUUCUUCCUCUUCAGUCUGGAAGAUAUAUCAGACUUGUUGAAGACGCAGCCCAUGCCCGACUCUGCCGUCCAUGGUGAUGAGAGACCGAUAAAGGCAGCAGAUCAAGCAGCUCCACAGGGAGCUGUCAAUAACACCACUGUAGUCAUAGCUAUCGCUGGAUCAGUGGCAGGACUCAUGCUGGUGGUUUCCAUGCUGAUUGUGGGGAAAGCCUGGAGGACGAGUAAGAUGAGGAGACAGCAGGAGAGCACGGAGGGGGUGAUCAUACAUAACAUAUCUGGAUUCGUGGAAGAGCAACCAAGUAAAGAUGUAUCAUCUCCUUUCACUACACCGUGAUGGGCAGUCAAAGGAAACAUGUGACAGUGGCCAGAACAGAAACCACAUUAUGAGUGACUCAGUGAUUUCUGCAAUUGUUUAAUCAGAUUGUCACCAAGUGCAAUCUGACUUUAAAUAAAAUAAAAUCUGACAGCAUUUGUCCA